CAAAAAGAUACUGUUUCUGCUUGAGUGAUGCUCUGGCUAACAUCUACAAUCUGGAACUGACUGGUGCACAUUUACCAGAAAGACCAAGUGAUCCAGUUUACACAUUAAUUGAACCCCAUGAACUGAAGAUGGAUGUGAGACCAUUGCAGAAUAAGCCUUCUAGACAGAGAGUGUCUGAUAGUCAGAAUACAGUGACUAAUAUAAGAUUCCAGGAACCAGACAUGACGAGGCGGGAGAGUGAUUUCAGACCAUUCUCAGAGAAAUCAUCAGUACCGCCUGCCCUAGGUGCUGGACGUGGUGUGAUGCCCGUCGACAAACCAUUACGAAGACCACAUACUCCAGGUAUAGCAGCCAGUUUCUGUGAAAAAUGGCAGGGAAAUUCCAAGAGGGACCAAGUACCAGAUGGUGAUGAUGACUGGCCUGCACUUGGAGCUUCUGCCGCUCCAAGAAGAGACCAACGCAAGGUUAGUACACUCGAAAAGAAGUAUGCUGGGAAUUCCACCGCUCCUCCCGCUUCAGUGGCACCUCUUCCACCAGCAGAAUGGCAGCAAUCCCAGUCACAUAACCAUGGUAGCAUUCAAGACAUAGCAACGCCAUAUCAGAAAGAUAAUAUCAGAGACAUUUCAAAUCUUCUUCUUCAUCAAAGAGGCAGGGGAUAUCUAGCAGCCUCCCAGUUACAACCCCAAAUGGAAAACCUGUCUUUGAAACAACAAGCUUCAUAAACUGUUUAUAUUUAUAAAAGCUCUAUAUUUUUAAACUCUAUUUCAUAUGCAUGUAUCAGUUAUUGUGUUGACAGUUAAAGUCUUAAUAUAAAUAAUGUCUUUAUUGCUAAAGUACUAAACUAAAGUAAAGUUCUUGGGAAAAGUGUUCAAAAACCUGAAAAAGUCUGUGCUUUAUAAAUACCACAUCAAUCAGUCUUUAAUUUUUGUAUCUGCUAAAAUAGAAACCAUGCACCC